AUGAGCAGAGCUAGCGAAAGCGAUACCGAACCGCUGGCUUUAUCCGGCGCAGCGCUCGCAGCUCUACAGGAAUUCGCCGUUGAGCGUGGUAUCAUCGUCGAAAAGAGCUCAGCCGACACGCGCUUAGACAUUCAAAAAGCGCUGGACAUUGAGCCAAAAGAAGACUCGUUUGAAUUCAAAUUUGGCUCGACCGAGAAUGGAGGCGAAGCUGCUCCGAUUGUUGUUCGCCUCAAUGGGCUGCGGCGCGACAUCGGACAGACGCUACAGUCAACGGGUCUAACGCUUUGGCGUGCAGGCGACUUUCUGAGCACGUACAUGUACGAGCAUCGCGGCCGGUUUGCUGGAAAAUCGGUCAUUGAGCUCGGCAGUGGACUCGGACUUAUCGGCAUUUUAGCAUCGUAUCUUACGGACCAACAAGUGGUGAUCACCGACGGUGAUGAUGACACGAUUGAGUUGCUGGUUGCAAACUGCCAGCUCAACAAAGUGGAGGAGAGAGUGCAAUGCCGCAAGUUGCUGUGGGGCGUUGACUUGGAUCACGUGAACGAUAAGUUCGACAUUGUUCUUGGCGCCGAUGUCAUCUACGAGCAAGAGCAUGUGGCGUCACUGUUUGAAACGGCUAAACACUUGCUAAAACCUGGCCGUUGUAGUGUGGACGGCAGUUGCAAAGCUGCAUCUGAAUUCUUGCUUGCAUACACGAAGCGAAAUGUCUCGAUCGACUAUGUCCUGGAGACUGCGAAGAGCUUUGGCUUUGAGUGGGAGGAGCCUCUGACGGACGAAGGUGUAUACACAUUUAGGUUAGUGUAA